CGGUAUGAUUGGGGCCAUCCAGCCCGCCCCUGACCAUAACGAAGUAUCGGAAUGGAGACCCUCCCCGAACGAAAUGGAAACAGGAGGACCCGUGUUCAUUACAGGAGAAAUUGACGUCUUGGACAUCGUCCGAGCCUUAGAUCAUCGCAUUCCCCUACCCGUCAGAAACCUGUUGUCCGUCUCUGAACAAGCUAACGAUCGGAUGCUACAGCAUUGCAAGGCGAACCGAAAACGGUUCGCCCUGGCCAGGCUAGCAACCGUGAAAGGAAAGGCCCCCACCCAGAAACCAAAACCUGACAUACCGAGCACUUCAGAGCCUGUUCGGAUGGGCCUGAUCCAGAAAGGCGAUCAUUUUAUACGAAUCAGGACCCUUCCAUGGAGAUCCGCAGAAUGUGACGUGGAAGUUUGGGGAAACCCCUACAAUGCGGUCCUUGAUUCCGAAGCCACGGUCCUGGCCAUCUCCUUGCGAGUGGUCGAACGAGCCGGCAGGCGGAAGGACGUGAUCCCAUUGGCGGAAGGCGAUCAUUUCGUCUUCGCUGAUGAGGGCAAGAUCCGAGUCAUAGGGAAGAUGGUGAACGUGGCCUUCCGCAUCGGCAAGGUCAAUGCCUUAGGAGACGCAGUGGUCUUAAACGUGAACAUGUACGACGUUCUUGUCGGAUUACCGGCCCUCACCGCGUUGCGGGCCACGCUGGAUUUCGAACGACGAGCCAUUAUCCUCAACAACACAGGAGGAAAACCGUACACCAUCUCGAUGCGUCUCACUCUCAGGACAACCUCGAUGGUCGAGCGACAACGACAGGAACCUGGCACGGUUCUGAGAAUGAUACGAUGGGAAGAGUCCACGGAUGACUCCGACACUGAAAGAAACGAGGCUUCCGUGUCAUCGAUCACCUCCGAAAGUGAGGAGGAGAACGACCCGCAGAUUCUCGAACUAACACGACGGAUAAUCUUUCCGCUCAUCAAGCUAUCGCAGUGGGAGAUAUGGUGUGAAGAGUGUUCCACCCUUUCUUUGUGCCUAGUUGGGAUCGAGCUGACGUGGACUCAGAACAGUGAGCACCGUGCCGUGAGUGAAAGUGUGGAGCUGCUUAUCAUCCAAGCUUGGAGGACAGACGUGGAGGGAGAUCUUCUCGGAUUCAUCUUCGGAACCGUAGACCCGGGGCAUCGGCAGACGAUCGUGUGGGAACUCUUGGUCCCUUCAAUACAGCUGCUGGACGACCUUCCGACCGACAUCGUCUCGCAUUGCGACGAGAAUCCGGCGCCGCACGUGCUUUCACGGAGUUUGACGUCGUACUUGCAAUGGUCGGCCUGUCUGGAGGAGCGCGAGGGAGGCGGUACCUACCCAUCGUACGCGGAGUAUCUGAACCCCCGAGGGAUAAUCGACGUUCUCUUCUUUCAACCCCGAACGACGUCGGAGGAGGAAGCGGUAGAGGCGGAGGAGGACGAGGAGGAAGAAACCUAUGAAGAAGAGGGAAGUUAUAGCGAGUACAAUGAGGAGGAGCCGAAAACGGUGAGUGAAGAGGAAGAAGAAGAAGAAGAAGAGGAAGAAGAAGAAGAAGGAGAAAAGUCUGAGUGAGAAAGUUUGGGCGAAGAGGCCGAUCAGGCGGAAGUCCGAGAAGAGGAUCCUGCGGCAGCCGCGCGA